AUGAAUAAUGUCCCCCCACAUGGAGCUCAGCCUUAUGAGAACAGCCUCUACAACUCAGAGUCUCUGAGCCUGGACCUUACCUCCAGGUUAGCUAUGGAUGUGAGUAGUCAUGCGGACCAGCUCUCUGCCCCUUCCCUGACUAGCAUCAACUCCCUGGUGGGCACUUACGCUGGUGAGUUUAAUGCCUGUCAGAUUGCCACAGCUCCUACCACCGCCUCGGACCCUGAGCCGCUCUUCAAAAUGGAUGACUUCCAGGUUUACGGCUGCUACCCUGGCACCUUGGCCCUGAGCUACUUCGACGAAGCCCUGUCUUCUGGUGGCUCUGACUUUUUCGGCAGCCCUGUGUCAGCCCAGUCUCCCUGUACUCCAGAUUUCCAGACCCAGCCUGCGUCAGUUUGGGACUCGGCCUUCGGGCCAUACUCUCCCAACCCGGGCAGCUGGGUGGCUGAUAAGACUGCAUUAACACAGCCAUCCUCUUUCUUCACCUUCUGUCCCGGCUCAGUGGAGGAUCUGUCUCCUCUGGGCCAGCCACAGCCCCAGCUGGCUGAGCAAGACCCCUUCUCUCUGGGCCAGCAGCACCCCUCCCCCCUGUCCUUCUCCCCUCUAACCCAGGAUCCAGGCACCCUAGAUGUCUCAGGCCUCAUUGAAGGGAGAAUGUCUGCGAAACCGCACAGCCCUACUGAAAACGAGGGUCUCUGUGCUGUUUGUGGGGACAACGCCUCCUGCCAGCACUAUGGGGUUCGCACAUGUGAGGGCUGCAAAGGUUUUUUCAAGCGUACUGUACAGAAAAAAUCUAAAUACGUGUGCCUUGCCAACAAGGACUGUCCAGUUGACAAGCGGCGACGGAACCGCUGUCAAUUCUGUCGUUUCCAGAAGUGCCUGGCAGUAGGCAUGGUGAAAGAAGUUGUGAGAACAGAUAGCUUAAAAGGUCGAAGAGGUCGUCUGCCCUCCAAGCCAAAAGCAGUCCAGUGCCUAUCGUCUGCUGUGUCUCGAGUCGACAUCAUUGCCUCUCUUGUGAGAGAAUACAUUGAAUCAAACUCUGGUGUUGGGAAACUGGACUACUCCAAGUACCAGGAGACUGUGGCCAGUCUGUCAGAGAAAGAGGACACUUGUGACAUCAAACAGUUCUACAACCUCCUCACGGAGUCCAUGGACGUGAUCAGAAAGUGGGCUGAGAGCAUCCCUGGGUUCACCUCCUUCUGCUCCGAGGACCAGGAGCUGCUACUAGAGUCAGCCUUCUUAGAACUGUUCAUCUUGCGACUAGCAUACAGGUCCAACCCUGAGACGGACAAGCUGAUCUUCUGCAAUGGCAUGGUGCUUCACCGGAUGCAGUGUAUACGGGGCUUCGGUGACUGGAUAGACUCCAUCAUGAACUUCUCCCAGAGCCUCCACCGCAUGAACCUGGACGUGUCAUCCUUCUCCUGCCUCACAACUCUGGUCAUAAUCACUGACCGCCACGGCCUGAAGGAUCCAAAGCGGGUGGAGGAGUUCCAGAGCCAGCUAAUCACCUGUCUCAGAGAUCACGUCUCCAGCUGCGCCCCCGACUCCACUGGGCCCAACUACCUGUCCCGCCUUCUGGGAAAACUGCCCGAGCUACGGACUCUCUGCACCCAGGGCCUGCAACGCAUCUUCUAUCUCAAGCUUGAGGACUUGGUCCCACCACCCCCCAUAGUUGACAGAAUGAUCAUGGAUGUUCUGCCUUUAUGA